AUUUCUUGGUUCUUUGAUUCCGAGAUUUGUUAAUUACUUGAUAGUUAAAUUCCUGGAAUUUUCAAUUUCUUCAAUUAUCAUUUUUAUUCUUAAGGGGUUCUGUACCCCUUUAGAAUGUCCCUGAGAUACCCUAAAGUACCCCAGAGAGAACCCCCAAGUAUUGGAGUAUCCCUGAUUAUUCCUAAGUACCACUCAGUACCGUUGAGAGUACUAAUGAGUAUCCCUGAGUACCCCUAAGUACCCCUGAGAGUACACCUAAGUACCCCUGAGUACCCUCUAAGUACCCAAAGUACCCAUAAGUACCCAUUAAUACCUUAAGUAUCCGGACCUGGUUCAGUAAGUUCCUGACUAGUAUGGAGAAUGAGAUGAACAAUAUCUUGAUGUCUGCUGAGCAAAGGUUUAUCAAUCCUCUCCUAAACUUCAGGAAGGAGCAGAUAGGAUCGGUGAAGCAGUCAAAAAAGGAUUUUGAGAAAUCUAGCGGGAAAUUAUGCUCGGCUCAAGAUAAAUAUAUCAGUACAAGCAGCAAAAAAGAGGAAAAUUUAGCGGAAAUGUCAGAAAUAGUCAGAAUUGAACAGAAAAGCCUGAAUUCAGCAUCACUAGACUACGUGUACAAUAUUCAUAUAGUUCAGGAGAGAAAAAAGUUUGAAUUUGUUGAAGCAUUGCUUGCGUUUACAAGAAGUUGGGUCAAUUACUACAGAGUUGGAAAUACUGUUGCAGCAGAAUAUGGAGCUUAUAUGGAGGACUUGGCAACAAGAGUUGAGAAAACCCGUGAAAAUUUUAGUAGCACAGUGGAAUCCUACAGCAAGCUCAAGGAUCGAAUGUUGAAGAAUGGGGAGGAUCCAGGACUAUUCAACAAGAUGUACACAAGGCAAGGAUAUCUGUAUGUGCAAGCGCGUAAGACGAUGAAAAUGACAGGAUGGAGCAAACAUUUUUGUCAAUAUCAGGGUAAGACCAAAACCUUAACUCUGAUCCCGUACAAUCAAAUUGACGGAAAAAUCGGGACCGGUGAAACUUUAAGAGUGAUAAACUGUGUAUGCAAAGAUGAAGUGAGUGAAAAGUUUAGGUUUUCAGUGACCGGUCAUGUGGUGUCAGGUGGUGGGAAUACUGAUGAGGGGGGUAGUCAGGUUAUCACACACACACUACAGGCCUUGUCAGAUCAAGUGAGAAAGAAUUGGGUUGAAGCCAUGGGAGGUACUUGGCCAGCUGUUAAUACUUUACAGAGAAUCAAGGCUGACAGUGUAGAGGAGAAUUUAAACAGUUCAGCGUAUACUUUCCUCAAGGAUUGUCUUCAGGAACUGGAGGACAGGGGGCUUCAUGAAGAAGGUCUCUACAGGGUGGGAGGAGUCAUGUCUAAAGUUAAAAAACUGCUAAAUCAGGCUAUAGACCCUGGUCCUGACGAUGCUGCCCUGGAGCUUCAUGAUCCUAAACUCUGGGAGUCAAAAACUCUGGCUAGCGCGGUCAAACAGUAUUUAAGGGACCUCUCUAAGCCUGUGUUGACCUAUCAGCUGUAUCCUGAGUUUAUUGCCGCGGUGAAACAUGACAGUGAUACUCUGAGAACACAGGAGAUUAAAUUAGUUGUUGAGAAGUUGCCUAGAGCCAACAAGGAGCUCUGCAGAGUUAUUGUAAAUCAUCUUCAUAAGGUAGAAAUAAAAUCAUUAAAUAAAAUUUUUUUUUAUCAAAAAAAGUUAACAUGUUUGCAUUUUUUUGAAAAUACUCUUUUGCUCUUUUUAACUGUUUCUGCAACUUGGGGGGAAGGCAAAAAGGAUUAACCCUUCUCAAGUUAA